UUGGAUGAUACCCCAAAUAGUCCAACGAAUCAUAUCAGAUUGACAGGUCCCCGAUUUCCCCACAAUGCACUGCUGAAAAUACAGCAGACGAAUUCAGAAUUGUUUUUUCCCGGUUUUUCUAAACAUUUAGAUUCAAUUAAUCAUACUUUUAGUCCACCUGUAACUCUUACUGGGUCACAGUCACAGCAGAGCAAGAUGUCAUAUGUGAGUACAGGUACCUCGUCACCUAUUGCUGCCCCACCAAUGGCACCAGGGUCAAUGAUGCAGAUGAUGAUGUCGCCAUCAGCCAAUGUAGUGUCACAUAAUGAUUCUCAGUAUGGAAAUAAUGAUAUUAAUGACUAUGCACAAACUUCAGCAUAUAACAACAUGAAUAAUGAAAUGAUAACCUCACAACAAUCAAUGUUCCCUAUCCCCACACCCUCUCAAGAAGCAUUAAGGGCAACUGCAUAUCGUGGUAUGGUGCCCUGUGCCCCAAGAAUGUAUCCAUACCGUAUGCCACAAAUGGCUUAUAACAUGCCGCCUUACCCUACAGCGAUGGCAGUGCCUUACCCAGUCCAGAUGAAGAGGGCUGGCUCAGUCUAUCAACCUCCUCCCCAGGGUAGUCCAGAUCUAACUCCGUUAGGACCAGGGUUUAGUCCAAACAGGCACACUGUGAGCGAUGGAACUAAUAAUACACAGCCGUCAGAGCAAAAUGAUACACCAAAAGCCAGUAAUACUGGUACAAGUGUCCCUGAAAGUGAUAAUGUCAAACAAGACAACGAAACAAGUGCUAAAAUUCAAGAAUCAAAUGUUGAAGCUAUAGGAGAGGAUGAGAUCUCUAAUUUACCAGAGGAGAACACUUGCACCAUUGAGCGCUCUCUCAAGGAAGUUAUAUGCCUCUAUAUUGAACAUCUUGUUGAAGAAAAUGAGGCUAAAACAGGGAUUUCACAAGCUCUUACUCCUCCCACACCCCUCAAUUUUGAGUUAGAGGCUUACUUCCAAGAGGCUGAAAGGAAAGAUAUCCCCUUUCCCACAGACAAGUUCCGCAACUGGCUUGAGUGUAACAACAUGCGUUUGGAAGUAGAUGUUGUGGCGAAUAAGUUGACAAAUAACUCAGGAAAGAUGCCUGAUAUUGGACAUGCCUCUUCUAGUCAAUCUCCAAUGAAAAGUCAAGAGCAUGUUGAAAACAGUCACGAUUUGUUGGAUGAGUAUCGCAAAGCAUACUAUGAUAGCAUCAAUAGAAAAUCCACAAAGGGAAAUAAUCUUAGUGUCAGUGAUGCAACUAUUUCCCAGGAUUCACAAUCUGAAAUUGAGCAUUGUGAACCAGCUCAAGAAAUGAAUGAUAAGCCAAGUGAUACUAUUGAGAAAAGCAAGGUUUCUGAAUCUGAUGAGCAAACCCAGGCUGAUGAGCCAGCCCAACCUGAAUCUGUUUCCGAAUGUAUCAAUACAAAUGGGACACAGGAGGAUAUUGCUACUGAUGAGAAUAACAAUACUGUUGAAGUUGGACCAGGCAAUGAUUCCAUUGAUUCCAAUGCAGAAAACUCUGGAAAGGGUCAAGAUAUUACCAUUUCCAAUGAUGUUAAGAAAGAAGCACCAGAUACACCCAUCCCAAUUGAUAUCAAAGAGGAAAUUGAUACAAGUAGUUCUAAAAGAGGAACAUCCAAGAGAAAAUCAAAUGACAGUGACACUGGAGUGAGACUUACACGAUCUAAGAAACCUAAAAUCAUAUAA